GUAAUCCUCUAGGCCAAAAUGAACCAAAUCUCAUUUUAUCUACUUCAAAACCCAAUGGCCAAAAUUUCCAACCAUUCAUCAUUUCACUCACCAUUUCAACCAACGAUCAUCCUCCUAGCCCUCGUAAUUCUGAUCUCCCAUACAAUCAGAAGAUCGCACUCAGCGAACUUGUUGAACAUUUUGGAUUUUGGUGCCAUACGUGGUUAUGAUUCGAGCCAAGCCAUCCAUCGUGCAUGGGCAGUGGCCUGCAAGUCCGAAGAAUCUACCAUUGUCUACAUUCCAAAGGGAAGGUUUCUUGUUCAACCAAUUGAAUUCCAUGGUGGAGGAUGUCAUAAUGAAGAUAUUAGUUUCCAUAUUGAUGGAGCUCUCAUCGGGCCUCCUGACUACCGGAUCCUUGGUAAUGUCGAAAGUUGGCUAAGCUUUGUGGAGGUUAAUGGCGUUUCUUUGACUGGUGGAGUUCUUUAUGCCAAUGGUGAAGCCUUAUGGUCUUGUAAAUUCUCCACUACCCACUGCCCCGUUGGAGCCCGGACUCUAAGUUUUAGGGACUCAAAUAAUAUAAGGAUAAGGGGAUUGAUGUCUAGAAAUAGCCAACUAUUCCAUAUAGUGAUCAAUGGAUGUAAGAAUGUACUAGUGGAAGAAGUCAACGUGAUGGCAGCAAGUAAUAGUCCGAACACUGAUGGCAUUCACGUGGAAACAUCCACGCAUGUGACCAUCAUUGACUCUACCAUUCAAACGGGAGAUGAUUGUAUCUCCAUCGGUCCUGGGUCCUAUAAUAUUUGGAUUCAACGCAUUCGAUGUGGACCUGGUCAUGGCAUUAGCAUAGGAAGCUUAGCACACAACAUGAACGAGCCUGGGGUAGGAAACGUCACCGUUUCAAAGGCAAUAUUUUACGGUACUCAAAAUGGGCUGAGAAUAAAGUCAUGGGCCAGACCCAGCACUGGAUUUGUGUACGGAGUCCAAUUUCUUGGAGCCACCAUGCAUAAUGUCCAAAACCCAAUUCUCAUUGACCAACACUACUGCCCCAACAACAUAAACUGCCCCGGUCAGGAAUCAGGAAUCAAGAUAAGCAAUAUAAUAUAUAAGGACAUUGUAGGAACUUCAGCAACACCAAUUGCCAUAAAAUUUGAUUGUAGUUCAAAGAAUCCUUGCAAUGGAAUAAGACUUGAAGAUGUUCGCUUGACUUACCAAAAUGAAGAAGCUAAGUCCUCUUGUGAAUAUGCAAAGGGAAAAACAUUAGGUUUAGUUCAACCAGAAGGUUGUUUUUGAAUGAAUCUCUUUGUUGUUUUGAUAGAACACUUAUUAGAAGUGUUCUAGAAGUUCAAAAAAGAAGGAUGCACGAGAUUUAGGAGUAUAUAUCUUUUUUUUCCCUGUUUCUUGUUUCGCGUUUUCUUUUUAAGAAAAAACCUGUAAGGAUUUGAUAUAUAGUGUAUUAUGUUUCUUGGUUUAAGUUUUUCUCACUUUCGAGAAGGAAUAUCGAAAUGUAAACAGAAUCUAGGAAUUAACAAAAUUAUAAUAUGUGGCUUCUUUUUGCUAGUAA